GUCAAUGAAUUCUGUAACAUUAAAUAAAUCGUAAUGUUCAUAAUGUUCAGCCUUAUGGGUGAGUUAAUGAGCGCUUAUAGAACGUAAUGGGCCUCUUAACAAACGGAGCUGAAAAUCUCGCCUGUGUCUAAUAAAUGAGCCUCAUCCCCCAUCCUCCUGACCAAUAGAGAGAGAGAGAGAGAGAGAGAGAGAGAGAGAGAGAGAGAGAGAGAGAGAGAGAGAGAGAGAGAGAGACUAAACUUAACUCAUCACAUCGGAAAAAAUGAAAACGCGGAGGGUCGCAAAGCAAACGCCGGAGAGGCCACAGAGAGUCUAAAACUCUCUGAUCUGAUUAAUUCAGGAAUAUCUCGAAGCAGCGUUUGUAGCUUUGUGUUGAACUGUUGUGCAGCGUUUAUCUAUUAUUGUAAUUCAGUGACAGAUUUUGUGCAAAAGCAUAACAAGCAUUUAAAAAUUAAACAACGACGUUAUUUGGCCUGUAAGAGAAAUAAGUAACGCGCAGAGGUACCUCCGAGUCUCCGCAACGAGAUCAGCGCGGGCAUCUCACCGGUUCCGGUGAAGGGGGGGCGAAUCCGUUCCGUUUCUCUUGAAUCCGCCUCUCUCUCUCUCCGUUAUCCGUUCGGUGAGGGUAUCUAACGCGCUUUAGAGACUCUUCUUCCGUCCUCGGACCCUUUAAGGCAAACAGGAGCGAGGACCAAUCACCGUGGCAUCACGGCGGCUCCGGAUAAGAGGAAGGUGUUUACAGGAGUUCGGGUGCUAAUUAGGCUGAACAGAAUCUCCGCCACAACUUGGCCAGGAACCGGUUCGUGUGCGUCCAUGGAGCGCGCGGAGAAGCAAAGCGCGUCCGCCGUCGCCAUGUGUGCAUUUUGUACAGAGUUUUGAAAAAUCUUUUCGCUUUCAAAAAUCGACACUCUGUAACUUAUUUAUUCCUGACAACUUUUUGGUGGAGUAUUUUCCCCUCCGUUUCACGGACUUCACGUUAACAGUGAGUGGCGGAAAUAUUUUUCCCGGUUUUUAAGCACCAUGUUUCAGCCCACGCCGAAGAGAUGUUUCACUAUAGAGUCUUUGGUAGCGAAGGAUAAUAAUCCUCCUCCUCCUCUUCUACCGGUGUCCAGAUCCGAGGAGCCCACGCGACCCACGGCGGCGGCGGCGCUCAGCUACGCCGGUGCCAGCCACGUGAGCCCGUUUCUGAAUGGCUUUACCGGCGCGAGGAGCGUUUACUCCAGCGCGGACCUUGUAUUCGCCGAGGCCAUGUCGCACGCGCCCAACUCAGCCGUGCCCGUUCACCCGGUCGUUCCCGCUCCUGCUCAUCAUCCGCCACCACCUCCGCCACCGCCGCAUGCACUCGCCGCGCACCACGCGCUUACCUCCUCGCACGGGCCGCACGCGCUCUUUGCUAGCCAGCAAAGAGACCCCGCAACUUUUUACCCGUGGUUAAUACACAGAUACAGAUAUCUGGGGCACAGAUUUCAAGGAAACGAAACGAGUCCGGAGAGCUUCCUUUUGCACAACGCGCUCGCCAGGAAGCCCAAACGGAUUCGCACGGCUUUUUCUCCGUCGCAGCUGCUCAGGCUCGAGCACGCGUUUGAAAAAAACCACUACGUUGUGGGAGCAGAGCGGAAGCAGCUCGCGCACAGCCUCAGCCUCACAGAAACUCAGGUUAAAGUUUGGUUUCAAAACAGAAGAACGAAAUUUAAGCGUCAAAAACUGGAAGAGGAAGGCUCGGACUCGCAGCAGAAAAAGAAGGGCACGCAUCACGUGAACCGGUGGCGGCUCGCGACAAAACAGUCGAGUCCCGAGGAAAUAGACGUCACGUCGGACGAUUAAACAUAAACAACCAAAAUAAUUAACUAAACACAAGACUCGAGGUGUUUUUGAAGCCUGGAAAGCACGACGUGAAGUGUGACAUGGAUAAAGGACGCCGUAAAAGACAGAAAAAAAAGAGAGAGAGCGCAAAGCCAAUUUCUCUUCUUCGGAUCUCGGCAGCUGGAGGGUGAGAAAUUCCUACCGCUGUCACCACGAGGAAACUGUCAAUACUGUAUUCCACGUUGCCAAGGCAACGUGAUUGACAGGUAGUACACGGCCACGCCCCCGCCCCACCUCAUUAACUCACUCAAAAACACAACUCCUAAUACGCAUAGGACAUUUGCACUUUUGAUUUUUUCUUUUUUUUUUUGUUGUUGCUCAAACCAACCAAAAUAUUUUUUGGCAAAACUUGAAUUGCAUGAUAAAGAGCUAUUUUUUUUUCUGGGGGGCGGAGGUGAAUUUAAUUUAACCCUUCUUAACUUUAUUCGGAUUCUCUUUUUAAAUCUGGGAAAUGUCGUGUGUGUUUUGUUUUUUUUUUCUUUUCUUAAAAAAAAAAAACACAAAAAAAACAGUGUGCAGUCUUUGAAUUUAUAAUUAUCGUGUCCAAGUGGUUGUGAAAACGAUAUGAAGUAGCAAUGCUGCGUUAAAGUGUUUUUUAAUAAGUUAAAAAAAAGAACAAAAAACUAACAACAAUUACAAAAACUAUUUAAAAAAAAGGACAUUGACAUUCCUUGAAAUAUUAGCUUUACUAUGACGUCAGAUUUUUGGGGCAAAUAAUUCUCACUCCGUAUUACCCACAAAUUAAUAAAUUUAAAACUAAAGAUAAUUGACGGCCGCCAAGCAGCAAAACCUUCAAAAGCACUGAGCGUAUAUAUUCCAUGUACAGAGAUACCUAAAAUCCUAAUGUUUCUGUUAGAAAAUUCACUUUUACCAGAAUGUACAUAUUUUUUGUGUUUUUGUGUUAAGUUUGCUACAAUUUUAACACAAAAAUAUACUUCCAAGAAGUAUAUAAUUGUCAAUAUUUUGUCAAUAAAGUUUUAUCAUGUUGCUCAGAAUAAACACGCAGAAAGCCUCGGCAAGUUUGUGAGCAGUAGCUAAAGCUCGAUCAUCUAGUUUCAGAUGGGUGAAAGAGAUUUGAGGUUUACAGCUAAAGAAGCUUUUUUUGGGGGGUAAAUCAUUUAAGCAACAAAACAUUAAUUAUGUUCAUAGGUAUAUGCAUUUGUUAUAUAUGGUCAUAUGCGGAACCACAGGCUGUAUAUUAUCGUAGGUCUCGAAAUAUGAGUAAAUAUAAUAGAUUUAUGAUGAGAAACUGUGCAUAUUGUUGGUCAAGCCAAUAUGCGGUAUAAUACUGUUCAUAAGAUCUUUUAUCCAGUGAUGUCGGGAAACAAAAACAAGCACAAAAUGGAUGCUGCUAAUGUCAGUUAGAUACUUUACCGGAUGAAAUCCUUGUUGUUAUUUCUUUGCAUGGUUUUUGUCUUUCGGUCUGAUAGGUGACAUUAAUCAGUUUUAUUUUCACGAUCAGAAAAAAACGGCGUCUGGUCCGUUCAGGCCACAAAGAGUCCUUACAAGCUUUUGUGAAAGUGCAAAUCAGUUUAGGCAAUUAUCAUAAGAGUAAUAUGAAGGGGAAAGGAGGAGGGAUGCGUUGCCCAGUGGUCCACUUUAAUCUGUUAAUCCGUGGAUCCAAAGGGGGCCUGGUUGGACAUAAUUUAGUACAAUCUGACUGCCCCGCAAAAGGCGAUAAGGGGGAAAGCUGCACUGUGCCACAAAAAAUGGGGGCUUUGUUUUUAAAUUCGUGCCAUGUUUGGAGCAACGCAUUAUUUGUUUGCAUGCAUCCAGGUCUAAUAAGUUCUUGUUGGAAAAGUGACAUUGUCAAAUGUACACAAUAUUAUACAGACUUUAUUUUUUCUUAUUCCGGAAACAUGGCGCGAGACAUUUUCUAGUGUAUGGAAAAGGAUAUUUGAUGGCCAGUGAACUAUAACGGCAAUAAAGAAUCUUCAGAGAAGAUUUGGAACACCACCACCAUCACACUUUACACCCCCCCCCCAGCCCCCACCCCACCCAAACUCGCUUAAAAGCUUUAUUACAAACCAAGCUUUGAAAUAGAGGGAUUAGGAGGCUGAAAGGGGGGUCCCCACAAUGGCUGCAAGAAAAGGUUUCAUGCUAAUGAGGUUAAUGCCCUUUUGUAUCUC